CGUUGUUUUGGUCUGUCCUCAACAUUACGGAGUGCAAAGUCCGGUGCGUAGUUUUGGUGCUGUGCCUCGUCGAAAGUGGAAAAUCGGUCAAGCCGAACAAUGAUCACUAGCGGGCAGUACGUACUUAUCAUCAACCUGCGAAAAAGCUUUCUGAUAGAACACCUCUAGAAGGAACGCACUUGUUUCUUUCCACGUUUCCAAGAGAAUUUUUUUUAGUGUGUUAAUGUUGUGCAAAAGUGUUGUUUUUUCGUUCAGUGUUUACAAUCCGGUCCUCUUUCCAGCAAUCUUCUUUCAUUCGUUUGGUUGAUUUGUUGUCGAUGUGUUUAUGUUUGUGGGUCGCCAGGAGUGAAACGUAUCAACGGUAGGCCGCAGCACCCACGAAUGGUUACCGUUGAUUGCCGCACUUUCAAAGCCAUUGAAUCGAUUCACUAACGCACCAGUGCGGGGUGCUGACCUAAAACACCCGUCGACGAUUGGCAAGGCUUAUACAGCAUCGCAAGCGUAUUAUGUAAUACGCACAGCGCACUGAAUGCUAGUCGGCCUCGGCCUGGCCUCGGCAUCGAAGAUAGGUCCUGGCGCAAGGGAUUUUAAUCAUGGAAAACAAAUGCGCCCUUCGUUGAUGGUCACAAGUAGCAAGCAAAGAUUUUUGCUCUUCACGCUCGGAAGAUAUUGAGCUCACCUCCUUUGGAACGAUUCACGGGUAACGUGAAAUUUUAUCCAGUUCGUUCACAAAUUGGACCUCACGUUUGGGAUACAUUUUAACGAAGCUGUCUGUCGCCAGUAUACCGCUUCAAUUAAUCAGCCUACGGCUGUCGGAACUGCGAAUAGUGGAGCGGCCACUCCUGGAUCAACGGAGGACACAGCUUCAGCCAUGCAGCAAACCGCGGCCACCGGCCGAACAGAGAUGCGGCCGGUCAAGUACCACUACGCCGACUCGUUCUGGUGCACCUACUUGAUAUCGGUGUUUGCGGCCAGCAUCGCGGAAACGGUCACCUACCCGUUGGACCUUACCAAAACACGUCUGCAGAUACAGGGUGAAGCGGCCGCCAUCGCCGCGGAUGGAGCUGCGGUGAAAAAGGUAAAAUAUCGUGGAAUGCUCGCUACUGCUACCGGCAUUAUCCGUGAGGAAGGUGCCCUGCAACUGUGGCGCGGUAUUACGCCAGCCCUCUACCGCCAUCUGGUGUACAGCGGCGUUCGGAUCGUAACAUACGACGGAUUGCGGAAGAAGCUGCGCAAUGGGAAAGAAACAUUUUCCCUCUGGCAGUCGGCACUGGCCGGUGUGGGUGCCGGUGCACUCGCCCAAUGGCUUGCUUCUCCCGCUGACCUGGUGAAGGUGCACGUGCAGAUGGAGGGCAAACGCCGCAUGUUGGGUCUCGAGCCACGUGUUCACAGUGCGGCCCAUGCCUUCCGUGAGAUCGUGAGCCGUGGUGGAAUCUUUGGACUGUGGAAGGGUAGCGUACCGAACGUGCAGCGUGCUGCCCUGGUCAACCUGGGCGAUCUCACGACGUACGACUCGGUAAAGCACUUCAUCAUGCACAAAACCGGACUGCCGGAUUGCCAUCUGGUGCACAUAAUGUCGUCGAUCUGUGCUGGGCUGGUGGCUGCUACUAUGGGCACCCCGGCGGACGUGGUUAAAACGAGGAUUAUGAACCAACCGACCGAUGCAAAUGGCAGAGGACUGCUGUAUAAAGGUUCGAUCGAUUGCCUCCAGCAGACCAUCGGCAAGGAAGGGUUCUUCGCCAUGUACAAGGGUUUCCUGCCCGUAUGGAUUCGUAUGGCACCAUGGUCGCUUACGUUUUGGCUAUCGUUCGAGCAAAUCCGCUCCAGUUUAGGUGCAAGUGGAUAUUAGAUCGAAUUGACGCAACAUGUGGCACGCUCCUCGGGGCCUGUUUUUUGCACAAAUUUAAAGUUUACCCCAGGUCGGCCAUACACAGCACCAUCGUAGACUCCCCCAAAUAGGCCUAUUGUGCUAUUGUGAAUAUCACUUUUGUUUUCAGUAUCGAUAUAGUCUGCACACUUCAAUUCCCAGUGCUUCGUAGAGGGAUUUUGCAGGAUGCAAGAAAAAAGCAACAGUGAACAAUCCCACUAGCAAAACGCACGCGUCACGUUUAGACUUGUGUUUCGUUUUUUUUUCGUUUUAUCUGUAACUGUGAUUUAGAGUAGGUGAGGGAAAGCUUAGCCUUCGAACGUUGAGCAACCAAUGGCAAACGGAAUUUUGCCUAAAUUAGGUUGUCGAUUUUAACAUUUUAGUUUGCGACAUUGUUUACAUUGUGAUCGACAUCCGCUUUACACAAAUCGACACGCGGAGACUCCUCAACUAGGUCAACGUUCUCUCAGGGUGAUCCAACUGCGAAUCAAGUCAUCCCUCAUCACAUUAACUACACAUUGUGCUUAUGAAUGUUUUGAGAAGAAUAAGGUAUGAUCCCUGUACCAGGAGUGAUUCGGGAGAUUAAUUAGUAAUUUCUUUAAUUAUCAUCCCUUUAGACAACUCGUUCAACUCAAAAAACAAAUCCUGUCGAAUUUUAAAAUCACGCCUUGAUGAAGGUAAUAGGAAUGAGAAUCCACCCGGGAAAGGGAUGCUGCGCCCGGUUUUACGAAUUCCCCUCGCACCCACCCAUCAUACCAACGAUGACAAUACCAAACUUUUGUAUCCUAGCAAUAUUACGUUCAGAGGGAAUCAGGAGCAUUGGCCCCUUAUAACAGUAAACAAAAUAUCAUUAUUCGCGAUCCAUUCGCGGAGAAUGGUGGUUUACUAGCAAACUAGUGUCGAUACGUAGCUAGCCAAUCCGUAGGCAGACUGCACUCCGUAGCACACGGUUCCACCAUUUUCGAUGAUACGAUCUUCGAUUCUAAGCAGUUAGUAGAAUACAUUUUAGCCACUUCUAUUGGUGCUGGCGACUGUUUGGUGGUCGCCAACACAACACGGUCUCGAAAUCUAAACCCGGUGACAAAUUGUACAUAUGUAGGGUAGUGAAAAGCUUAUGAAUACAUUAUUGUAACCACAACAUCGCUGUGGGUUGGGGAUAUUCAGGGUUUGAUCGUAACUGUAGGAAAACGAGAAACAAAAAUAAAUAAAAUGAUCUACAACGGUAC